AUGGGAGCGAACAAAUCAAAAUCUAAGUUUGAAGAAUUAGAAGAAAAACAAAAUGCGUUGAUGAAACAAAAUGCUGAUAUGGCUAAACGUCUUGCUGAACAAGAAGAAGCUAAUAAACGACAACAUGAAGCAACUGUAGGACAAAUAGCUAAAAUGAUCUUAGUUCUUGCACAAUCAGAUGGUAAUGAAACAGUAAUACGUAAUGAAAAUCGAGAAGUAGAAAUUGAAGGAGUUACUUAUGAACUUAUUCAAUUUGUUAAUCGAGGUGGUUUUGGAGAAGUUCAUAAAGCUAAAGUAAAAACUAAAAAUGAAAUAGUUGCUAUUAAAAUUAUGAAAAAUACUCCUGGAUUACAAGAAGAAGUUAAAAAUGAAAUAAAUUUUUUACGUUUAACAAAAAGAAUUGCAAUUGAUAAUCAUCCUAUUAUUGAAUAUUAUGGAAGUAAAUUAACUAACGAAGGCAUUUUUAUUGCUAUGGAAUUAGCUGCUUGUGAUCUUCUUACAUUUUGGAUGGAUUUAAUAAAGGGUGGUGAAUCAGAUAAGUUAAAUUUAUAUGGAAUAAUAAUAAUGGUUUAUGUUUUACGUGCAUUGACAUUUCUUGAAAAAUUAAAUAUUGUACAUGGUGAUAUCAAACCACAAAAUUUAGUAAUUGUACCUGAUGGAGAUAAUUUUUGUAUUAAAUUAAUUGAUUUUGGUACAGUAGAGAAAAUGAAUACUCGAUGUGCUCAAAUGACAGUUGAUAUUACGAAAGGUUUUACUUUAUUUUUUGUUUCACCAGAAUUUUUACAACGUGAUUCAAAAAAUAUUAUUUCAAGACAUUUACAUAAAAAAUCCGAUGUUUGGGCUGCUGGUGUUAUGUUUUAUCUUUUGUUUUGUGGUCAAUUACCAUGGGAAGAUCAAUAUGACUAUGAAAAUUUUUGUAAUGAUAAAAAUGGUAAAGAUAUUGUUAUUCCUGAUAUUGGUGGUUAUAAAAUGAUUAUUGAACUUUUAUUAAAGAAAAAUCCUGAUCAUCGUUCUACUGCUAAAGCAACAUUAAUGCAAUUAAAAGCUCAUCCCGUAUUUGGAACAAUUGUUAAAGCAUUACAUGAAAAAUUUUGUCCAGUCGAUGAUGUAUGUUAUAUGAAAGUACCUGAUGAUGUUAGACAAGGUUUACUUAAACUUGCACGACCUGGUCAUAUGGCUAAUGCAUCCAAUUCAUCAUCAACAGCUGGAUCCCGGCGUUAUUGUCGAUAUGGUCGAGAAUGUUACAAUAAAGAUACUGAUCAUCGGAAAGAGUUUGUACAUCCAAAUGAUGCAGAUUAUCAUGGUGCAAAAGAUUUGGCUAAUCAUGAUUUUGAAAAACCAGCAUGUCGUUAUGGAAAAGCUUGCUUUCGUACUGAUCAAGAUCAUUUGAAAAAAUUUUCACAUCCAGGUGGAAGUACUACUCGUUCUUCAGACAAACAAUGGUGUCGCUAUGGAGCUGAUUGUUACAAUAAUGAUACCGAUCAUCGUGAACAAUUUAUUCAUUCGAAAAAUGCAAGUCAAACUCAUUCUGAUAAACAAACAUGUCGGUUUGGAAAAGCUUGCACAAAGUAUGUUUAA